UUUAAUCUUGACUUAUUCCUGGUCACAGAGGAAAGUUAAGACAAGCUGGAGGGCCACUACAGCUGGCAGCCACCCCACUGGCUGAUUGGCUCGUCUGUCCACAAACUUACAUGUAUUCAUGGUGACACUGACAGUGCCCUACACACACACACACACACACACACACACACACACACACACACCCCACAGUGGCUGCUGGGAUCUGGCAUUCACUGCACCCCUUCCCCUUCCAUUACUAGGUCCCAGGAGGUGAAAAGCCCUAGCGAGGAACCCUUGAAGUCAAGCAUCCACUCACGCUUCACAAGCCUUUGCAGGAAGGUGGGAAGACUCGGGGUGACCUUCCUACCUUGCUGGCUCUGUAACCCUUAAAGGGCUCCAUGGGCGGUGUGGGGCUGUUUUUCCUUGCAGGUCUCAAUUCAUUUCUCUACAGCACCCACCACUGCCUUUUGUCCCCCCUCUUUGCCAGCAGAGGUAGAGGCAAUGGGCGCUGGCGGCCCGCGACGGGGUGCAGGCCCCCCAGAUGGUGGCUGGGGCUGGGUGGUGCUGGGUGCCUGCUUCGUGAUCACCGGCUUCGCCUACGGCUUCCCCAAGGCCGUGAGCGUUUUCUUCGGAGAACUCAAGCAAGACUUCGGUGCAGGUUACAGCGACACAGCCUGGGUGUCCUCCAUCAUGCUGGCCAUGCUCUACGGCACCGGCCCCUUGUCCAGCAUCCUCGUGACACGCUUUGGCUGUCGCCCGGUGAUGCUGGCUGGCGGGCUCCUGGCUUCCGCGGGCAUGAUUCUGGCUUCCUUUGCCUCGCGCCUUCUGGAGCUGUACCUGACGGCUGGAGUGCUCACAGGGCUGGGCCUGGCCCUCAACUUCCAGCCGUCGCUCAUCAUGCUGGGACUCUACUUCGAGCGGCGACGUCCCCUGGCCAACGGGCUGGCAGCGGCGGGCAGCCCGGUGUUCCUGUCCACGUUGUCGCCGCUUGGCCAGCUGCUGGGGGAGCGCUUCGGCUGGCGCGGUGGCUUCCUGCUGUUUGGCGGCCUCCUGUUGCACUGCUGCGCCUGCGGGGCCGUCAUGCGGCCACCACCAGGGCCCUCGCCCCCGCUUCGCCCAGAUCCGGCGAAGGACCGCGCGCCCGGCGGCGGGGCUCGCCGCCGCCUGCUAGACGUGGCGGUGUGCACCGACCGCGCCUUCAUGGUGUACGUAGUCACCAAGUUCCUGAUGGCACUUGGGCUCUUCGUGCCUCCCAUCCUGCUGGUGAACUACGCCAAAGAUGCAGGCGUGCCUGACGCUGAGGCCGCUUUCUUGUUGUCCAUCGUGGGCUUCGUGGACAUCGUGGCACGGCCGGCGUGCGGUGCCCUGGCGGGUCUGACACGCCUGCGACCCCACGUUCCCUAUCUCUUCAGUCUGGCCUUGCUGGCCAACGGGCUCACGGACCUCAUCAGCGCUCAUGCGCGCUCCUAUGGCACCCUCGUGGCUUUCUGCAUCGCUUUCGGCCUCUCCUACGGCAUGGUGGGCGCGCUGCAGUUCGAGGUGCUCAUGGCGACCGUGGGUGCGCCCCGCUUCCCCAGUGCGCUGGGCCUGGUACUGCUAGUGGAGGCCGUGGCUGUGCUCAUAGGACCGCCCUCUGCCGGCCGCCUGGUGGAUGCCCUGAAGAACUAUGAGAUCAUCUUCUACCUUGCUGGCUCCGAGGUGGCCUUGGCUGGAGUCUUCAUGGCAGUCACCACCUACUGCUGCCUGCGCUGCUCUAAUACCCCAUCAGGUCCAGCGGCCGAAGGAGGAGCCGCUGACACGGAGGAUGUGGAUGUUGAGAGGGACUCUGAGCCAAUGCCUGCCAGCCUUGAGGCUCUGGAGGUGUUGAGCCCCAGGGCUGGGUCCUCAGGACCUGAACCAGAGGUGGAAACAGUGUCUGGGCUGGGUCAUGAGUCUGUGUAG